AUGUCGGGGGCCGUAGUGAUUGAUGGCAAAGGGAUUGCCGAGACGAUACGGGCGGAGAUGAAGUCAGAGGUGGAACAACUGUGGGCGAAGUAUGGCAGGCGGCCAGGGAUUUCGGCUAUCAUUUGUGGCGAGCGAAAGGAUUCUCAGACUUACGUGCGACUGAAGAAAAAGGCGGCGGAGGAGUGCGGGUUUGUAACCUUCAAUGUUGAGCUUCCUGCGGACGUGACGCAGGAGGAAAUUCAAGCGGAGGUUGAAAAACUUGAUCAAAAUGCGGACUGCCACGGCAUUAUUGUGCAGCUGCCUCUGCCAGACCAUAUUGAUCAGGACGCCGUGCUGAAGAAAAUAUCCCCAGAGAAGGAUUCCGAUGCGUUGCUUCCCGUCAAUGUGGGGCUGCUGCACACCAAAGGGUGCGAGCCUCUCUUUGUGCCAUGCACCCCUGCUGGUGUGAUUGAGCUACUGAAGCGAAGUGGUGUCACGAUGGCAGGGAAACGCGCUGUGGUUCUUGGACGCAGCAACAUUGUGGGUGCCCCAGUCGCCGCAUUGCUAACAGCAAAUAAUGCGACUGUUACCGUCGUCCACUCCGCCACGCCGCUUGCGGAUUUGAUUGAUGUUGUCCGGUCGUCCCACAUAGUUGUGGCAGCCAUGGGGAAGCCAGGAUUUGUGCGGGGUGAAUGGAUUAGGGAAGGCGCCGCAGUCAUUGAUGUGGGCACAACUCCCGUGGACGACCCUUCCAAAAAGGCAGGAUAUCGAAUUGCCGGCGAUGUGUGCUUUGAGGAGGCGCAAAAGCGUGCUGGCUGGAUUACCCCAGUGCCUGGUGGUGUUGGCCCAAUGACGAUCGCAAUGCUGCUAAAGAACACUCUUGCAGGCUUCAAGAGGAGUCUUAGUCAGGCCUGA